UCACAAAGGAGGUCCAGGUCAGAGGCUGGUGGGGAAAGAGGAAGGUCCCAUCCAAGAUGGCAGAACCCUUGACUCCCAGGACUCAGCAGUCUCUGAGGCGCUCAGUGAUCCUCUACUGCUUCCUCUCCCUGUGAGACCUAGCUAAGGCCCCAGCAGCCGAUGAGCUGGGGGCACAGGGGGCCUGCAUGUGCUGAGCUGUAGGGAAGAUGGAACAAGCAGUUCAUGCAAAUGCUACAUCUGGAGCUCAAAGCGACACCAGGAGCCAGACCCUGUUUGACCCUGCACACAUGCGUGUGGAGGUGUGUGGGGCUCUCAAUGUCACCGUGUCCCCGGGGCCCGUGGUUGACUACCUGGAGGGGGAAAAUGCCACUCUUCUCUGCCACAUCUCCCAGAAGAGACGGAAGGACAGCUUGCUGGCCGUGCGCUGGUUCUUUGCACGCCCCAACUCCCAGGAGGCCUUGAUGGUUAAGAUGACCAAGCUCGGGAUGGUGCAGUACUAUGGGAAUUAUAGCCGCAGUGCCUUCCGGCAGAGGCUGUGCCUCCUCGAGGAGAGACGUGGGGCGCUCUACACGCUCUCAGUUUUGACCCUUCAACCAGCGGAUCAAGGGCAUUACGUAUGCAAAGUCCAGGAGAUCAGCAAGCACAGAAAUAAGUGGACCGCCUGGUCCAAUGGCUCUUCAGCAACGGAAAUGAGAGUGAUUUCCCUACAAGCUUCUGAAGAUUCAUCCUUUGAGAAAAAGAAAGAGACCUGGGCAUUUUUUGAAGAUAUCUACAUAUACGCUGUGCUCGUGUGCUGCCUGGGGAUUCUCAGUGUCCUACUCUUCACCCUGACCAUCAUCUGGCAGUCUGUGUUUAGCAAGAGGAAAUCCAGAGUGAGACAUUAUUUGGUGAAAUGUCCUCAGAACAGCUCAGGGGAGACCGUUACCAGCGUCACUAGCUUGGCCCCACUGCAACCCAAGAAAGGCAAGAGGCGGAAGGAGAAGGCUGAUGUUCCUCCUGCAGUCCCUGCCAAAGCCCCCAUAGCCGCCACGUUCCAUAAACCAAAGUUGCUGAAGCCACAAAGGAAAGUCACCCUGCCAAAGAUUGCUGAGGAGAACCUGACCUACGCCGAGCUGGAGCUGGUCAAACCCCACAGGGCCGCCAAAGGCCUCCCCACCAGCACCGUCUAUGCCCAGAUCCUCUUUGAGGAGAACAAGUUGUAACGUGGUGCCAUCUUCUGUGGUCCUAUUUAAUACCUGCUACCGAGUUAUUUAUGAUACUUUGGAAACAAAGUCCUUAUUUUUGUAUUUUCCCUCGUGCCUUCUGUGUGGCUGAGAGCCCGUUUCCAACAGCGUUCCAGGUGCCUCCAAGGAGAGGUAUGAGUCUCCUCUCCACCAAAGAUUAGGGGCCACGACCUUGGACGAAUCUCCCCGGCCAAGAUUUUCUGAGUCUGAGCCCUGAGAAGCGUGGCCUCUGAUUCUGAGAGUACCCAAGGAGACUUUCUGCUGAGCCAACCCCCUUCGUGUUUUCUUCUUCCUUCUUUGGGUUGUAAUCUUUUAAACAUUUUAAUCUUCUGUUCUUCCUGUAUUUGUGAUAUCAAGCUCAUAGAUAGCAUAUAGCGAGAAGAAAUACCAUUAUAGGCAGCAUGUGUGAGAUGGUAGAUAGGUACUAAUUGGUUUUCAAAAGGUCAGAGAAUGUUUCUGCACCUAGAGCAGAUCAAACUGCUCGUUGCAAAUGGUCACUCAAGAUAGCAUCUCUUGUUUUAAAUAGAUGCACUGACCCUGGUGAUUUAAGGGCGGAGAGGCAGAUUGCGGGGCACUUUGCUGUCUAAGCUAACAGUCAACCAUCUGUAAAUACCCCAGUGCCCAUCCCCCCACCGGUGAUCGCCCAAGGCUGCGGGGCAAGUAGCGCACACCAUUCUAAAGGGCUCCCCCGCCUUCAUCGGGGCACACCUACCUGUAUUGACGUAGAAAAGAAACUUACAUCCUCCAGGAAGUUCUACUCUUUUCCAAGGGAGGGAUUUAGCCAUCCAUUGACACACUGGAGGAAGUGAGCCUCUCUCGGAAUGGUGUGGAGGUUCCCAGCUCUAAGUGAAGGUCCUUUCACGUGUGAGCUAAGUUUUGUGCCUGCUUCCCCUCGCGGAGGAGACCAGGAAGUGCAAGCCGAGUUGGGAAAAUGUGUUUUAAAGACCCUAGUGUUGCAGCGUGCCUUGGCCAACUCCACUUCCCCUGGGAUUUCUAACGUGUCUGGGCUGGGGUCAGGCAGGGAUGCUUGGUAUAUACAUCUGUGUGGAAGCUGCUCUGCAGGACUGGUACCACAUCAAGGGACUCACUGGAGACGGAGACCUACUAGAAGAGAGUGCCCUAGAAGAGAUGCUUUGUGUGUGGGUGUGCCCUGGGGGGUUUUUCGCUCACCCUACAAAAAUUGUUUGGCUUUGUAAUGGAUCAUGUAUAUGUGGUAAAUUAUAUAUUUUAAACACAA